AUGGCGGCCGCGAGUCCGAUGGCGCCGGGAGGAACUCCGACGGCGGCCGCGGGUCUAGCGUCGCGGGAGCAAAGUCUGAUGGCGGCCGCGGAGCCGAUGGCGCCGAGGAACUCCGAUGGCGGCUGCGGAGCCGGUGUCGCUGGAGCGAAGUCCGACGACGGCAGCGGAGCCGAUCGCGCUAGAACAAGCGCCGGGAGAUGGACACGGAUCCGGCGUCGCGGCGGGAGCUGGUGGAGAAGGAUGUUCGGCGACUUUGUCAGUCGUCGCAAAGUGAACGAGGAGGUACGUGUGGCGGCGACGGCGGGCGGCCGGAGCCGAGUUGGCCCCAGCGUGAUCGCCAUUUUUGUGGUGUUUCGCGCCUUCCUGAUCGUGAGCCCGCCCAAGUGGAGCUACGUCAUGACGCAGCGGCGGCGCUGGACACUGGAUGAGCUGCACCUGCACGUCCAGUUAGCCCAUCCCACAGCGCUGGGAGAGGUGCUGGCCCUCGCCAUGGAAAGGGAGAUUGCAGUGAAGGGGACGCUACAAUCAUCAACCUGCUCCGUUUCGGCAACGUCGUCAGAAGGGGAGGUACGCAAACCGGCGUGGGUGGAGGAGCUGAUGGUGACCGGGAACAGCAACCUGCAUGCGGAGGGGCUGUGCGCCGAGACCCCCAUGUCCGGACACUGCGGAAGUGAGCAUCGACACCACAGACUCUGCAGAGAAGAACCUGCAGGUGGGGACGACACUGCCCAGGUUUAUCGCAGCGCUGAACCCUCCCCCCCAGUCUACGGUAGAGUGGGUAGAGUUCACUCGCCCCGAGAUGGACCACUCACUGGGGGAAGCAACGUCGUCCUGGCCAGCUGCGUCAGCAGCCUUAGCCCCCGGUCAGCCAGCAGAGGACGGGUGCUGUGGGACUUUGAGUACAUCUUUGCCCUCAUCAAGGUGCGGCCCCGACGCUUACCUCUGGUCCAGCAGGAGGCUGCAGAUCAGGAGGUCGGUGCCAUGCUCGAGGCAGGAAUUAUAGAGCCCUCCGACAGUCCGUGGGCGUCUGGCGUGGUCAUGGUGCCCAGAAAGAAGAGUGCCAGACCGCGUUUCUGUGUGGACUACAGGCCACUUAAUAAAGUGACAAGGAAGGACUGCUACCCGCUUCCGCGGAUAGAGGACUUGGUCUCAGGGUCUGCCUGGUUGUCAUCGCUCGACUUGCGCAGUGGCUACUGGCAGGUCCCUCUCACCGCUGAGUCCAGACCUAAAACGGCAUUCUAUACCACCCGUGGGCAUUGGCAGUUUAAGGUCAUGAGUUUUGGACUAUGCAAUGCACCAGGAACAUUUGAGCGAUUGAUGGAUACUGUGCUCUCAAACAUUCCAAGGCAGAAGUGCUUCGUGUAUUUGGAUGAUGUCCUCGUGCAUGGCGGGUCCUUCCAGGCCGCACUGGAUUCUCUGAGGCUGGUGCUUGGGAGAAUUGCGGUGGCUGGACUGAAGCUACAUCCAGAAAAGUGCCACCUUAUGCGGCGAGAGGUGGAGUUCCUGGGCCACCGUGUAAACGGCGAAGGCAUCAGCACGUUGGAGGAGAAGGAGGCGUUUUCCAGCCUAAAGGGGGCGCUCAUCAGCAUUCCUGUUCUCGCCCCACCGGAUCCAGCGCUGUCUUUUGUGCUGGACACAGACGCUAGUAAUGUCGGCAUGGGGGGAGUGUUGUCGCAGGUGGCGCCAGAUGGUGAGAGAGUGGUGGCCUACUUCAGCCGCACCUUCAACCGGCGGGAUGCCAGGGAGUUGGAUCUGUGUUCCGAGGGCGCUGCUGCGGGACCAUCGUGCUGCACCUUGGAAGCGGAGUGGGCUGUCAAGCAGGAGGGGGACCGCGAUCUCGGCCCAGUGCGCCAGUGGGGUCAGAGUGGCAGGAGGCCACCCUGGGAGGACGUGAUGGGACUCUCCGUUGCUACCAAGUGCCUGUGGCGCAAGUUCUCGGUGCUGCGCCUGAAGGAUGGCGUGGUUCAACGUGCGUGGAAGGAACCAGUCACCGGGGAGGAGAGGUUGCAGGUAGUGGUGCCCGGAGUUUUCAGAGAGGCGAUGCUGAGGGCCUGCCACGGGGGCACUGGUUCGGAACACUUUGGCAGUGCGAAGACUCUCCGACGGCUGUGGCAAGGGUUCUACUGGGGUCAGCAUUGUCGAGACGUGGAGGACUUCUGCCAGCGUUGUGAUGAGUGUGCAGCCUACAAGGGGCCUCAGGCCCAGUCGCAUGCACCGCUUCAGCCACAGAGGGUUGGGGCGCCCAUGGAAAGGGUUGCUGUGGACAUCAUGGGUCCUUUUCCCGUGACGGACAGAGGGAACCGUUAUGUGCUGUGUGCAAUGGAUUACUUCACUAAGUGGCCAGAGGUUUACGCACUUCCAGAUCAGGAGGCAGAGACGAUGGCUGACGCGCUGCUGGAGGGCAUGUUCUGUCGGUUUGGAACUGCUGACAUUCUCCACAGUGACCAAGGCCGAAAUUUCGAGUCCAAGGUUUUUGCUGCGCUUUGUGAGCUCCUGGACAUGCAGAAGACACGCACCACCCCUUUGCAUCCGCAGAGUGAUGGCCUUGUGGAACGGUUUAACCGCACCAUGCAGCAGCAGCUCGCCAUCCUCACUUCCAAUCACCAACAUGACUGGGACCGACACAUUCUGCUUGUGCUGAUAGCUUAUCGUUCGACCGUUCAAAGUUCCACGAGUUGCACUCCUGCUCUGCUGAUGCUGGGCCGGGAAAUCAGGACGCCGGCGGAGUUGGCGCUCGGGAGGCCACCUGGUGACUCUGAGUACCAACCGGGGCUGGAGUAUGCCCGGAGACUGCAGGACCGAUUGGAGGCGUCGCAUGCAUCCGCCCGGGACCAGCUGGAGAAAGCCAGUGUGUGCCAGAAGCGGAACUACGACGUGCGGAGCAAGGGGCGGAACUUCCAGAUUGAUGAGCUAGUUUGGGUGUACACCCAAACUAGCUCGUGUUUGAGGCGGGAUUCCGCCAGUGUUGUCCCUGCUCAGCUGGCACGACGGCUGGAUGACUUUUUGUGUUGA